AUUUUUAUUACACGAUUUUGUGUGUUAAAAGUCGUUAAUUAAAAAAAAUGUUUUUUAUCAUUUGUCUUGAUGGUAUUUUAUUAGUGUUUUUUUAUAUUAUACGAUCCGUAUGAUGAGAGGAGAAAAAGAUUAAUUUAAAAAUUCAAAAAUAUAGUAUGCCUUUGUCUAAAAAGUUCUGUCCAUAUCUCUAUACAGUUAUACUUAAUAUCUACACGGCCGUGGACAUCAAUCAAUCAAUCACAAUGUACACAAUAUUAUUGCUCACAUUAAUAUCAUCAGUUUACGGUGAAGAAGACGAAGCAGCUGUAACAGAGUUGAAUAACACGACCGCGAUACCAAUAUUCGACGGGCGACCAUCGCAAGCGUACCCACCGUUGCUCGGAUUUUUAUUCUUAUUCAGCAUAAUUUUGAUCGGGGCGGCAGUUAGAGGUCUAAUGUUAUGGACCUCGUUAGACUGUGUACCUUAUAGAGUAGUAAUGUUCGCUUUAGGUGGUCUGUUAGGAUUUUUCGCAAGCAAAUAUGCUGAAUUUCGUCCGUUUGUCGAAGUGUGUUACGUCGACGUCGAUAUCCUAUUAACAAUUUUCUUACCCGUACUCGUCUUCAAUACAGCUUAUAGUGUCGAUUCACAUUCAUUUUGGAGGUGUUUCCCACAAAUAUUGCUAGUUGGGGUGCCUGGUGCUAUAAUGACUGCUUUGAUGUGUGGAUUCAUAGCGUACCAUUUGGUUGAUGCGACGUGGAGUUUCCCUAUGGCUAUGUUGUUUGGCGUUAUAUGUUCACCGAUCUACCCGAUGGGCGUCGUGAGGCGGAUGAAGGAGAUGACCAAAGGAAAAUAUAUGAGCGUUUUGCUCCAAGGAGAAGGAUUAAUAGGUGAUUCUACAGUGAUGAUAGAGUUUACUGUAGUCUUCGGAUACAUCGCGAUGGCUGUGACCGAGCCGUCACAAAUAGCUUUAUUAAUUACCCGUUACGCCGGCGGGGGAAUUUUGAUGGGAAUAUUAAUGGGAAAGAUUUCUGGUACGUUAUUGACUUUGACGUAUUACGACUUGCUAAGCUCUGUGGCUAUAACUAUUGCCGCGGCAUACUUGACAUAUUAUAUUGGCGAGAAGUUCUUUUAUAUAUCCGGUUUGUUAGCUACGACGAUCGCUGGGGUGUUAGUGAGUAACAUAAAGUCGACGAUAGCGGGCGAUGUGGAGCAAGUCUUGUCGAAUUUCUGGAUGAUUUUGGCACAUACUGCCAACACGCUGGUGUUUACUAUGAUUGGAGUUGUGAUUUUUGACAAAGUGUACGAUGUCAUUAGUGUCCGCCAGGCGGCAUUGAUAUUGGUGACGUAUAUGACGGUGUACUGUGCAAGGUUCAUUAUGUACGCGUGCAUGAUGCCCCUACUCCAACGAAUUGGGUACGGUAUAAGCUGGCAACACUGUCUGGCGGGGGUGUGGGGCGGUCUGCGGGGGCCGCUGUCCAUGUCCCUGGCGCUGAUUGUGAUACAGACGCCAUCUGUCGCCGAUGCUGGAGAGGUAUUCAUAAUCCAAACUGCUGGUCUAGUCCUGUUCUCCCUGCUCAUCAACGCGACGAGUAUGAACAAGGUUCUCAAGCUGCUGGGAUUGGCCGAGAUAUCGUUAGCAAAAAAAGCUAAUAUGACCAACUGCGUCAAACGCAUCAUGCUGACGAGAGAUCGGUGUAUUUCUAUGCUGAAAAUGGACAAAUUCUUAGCUGAUGCCAACUGGGAUCUGGUGCAAGAAGGUACAGAGAUAAAGCACCCGUAUCAGCUGCAGAUAUCUGGCCGCGACGAGGACAACGAAGACGACACGUACAUGGGGUACCGGUAUACUACGUGCCCCGACUGCGAGCGGGACAUACCCAACGAGCCCACCAAGAAGGAGUUUGCGGAGAUGAUGAGGGAGGCGAAUCAACGCGUGCUAAAAGCCAUGAAGAUAUCUUACUGGCGACAGUACGAGCACGGCAAGAUCAGCAAAGAGGGAGUGCGGACGCUGGUGCAAGCAGUCGAAGUAGCUGCGGACUCUGAUGAUGCGAGGAUUAAUCUGGAACAGCUGGGGACCUUGUGGAAGCCUAAAGCGCACGCAGUCUGGCUCCGUCACAAGAUGGUGGAUAUGAUGACGCCUGAAGCGGCCAACGCUCAAGUGCCCAGACACCCGUGGCGACAGGUCUGUUACAGGAUAGUGACCAACGUGUGGUUCGACACGUUUAUCUACCUGAUGAUACUCCUGAACACGCCGGUCAUACUGUGCGAGGUGCUAAUGAAGCCGCCCGUGUCGCAGGUCACCAUGUUCACCAUCAAGGGGCUCAAUUUCUUCUUCUUCAUAGUGUACGUGAUGGAGAUCAUACUGAAGAUGAUCGCGUACGGGUUCUGCGGGUACUUCAAGUCUAAUUGGAACAAGCUGGACUUUUUUAUCGUCGUCAUGGCUACCGGAGAUCUGGUCCUGGACAUAAUCGAUUCACUAACCCCCUGGGACAAAUGGAAGAAUAUGAACUCCAACAUUCUGACAGCCACUAAGCUGUUGAGGAUGCUGCGCUUCAUCAGACUCUGCAAACUUGCCAAGGUUUCGGUGCCUAAAUUUAUGGCUUAUAUUGAUAAAAUGAUCGAUAUACAACUGGCUUUUGGCUAUGAUGUUGGCAAGGGCUUUGUGACUGGCGAACAAGAAGUGUGUACGCUUCUGCCUCAGCUGGUUGACAAUAAGCUUAUACAGGAGACGUUGAACGCGAAGUUAGAAGCUGAUAGAUUAGCAGUGACGAGACAGCUGGGUUUGUUGCAACGGGACAGACCGUGGACCGCCAUCACCGUUAAGACACGCCAAGCUACGACUUCAACGCUCAAUAUUAUGCUGUUGGACGCCAUGCAGCUCAAGGAAGAAGGUUUUCUGGACGAGAUGGAAUAUCGUCUUCUAGUGCACGCUAUACAGGUGAAAGUGCAACAAUGUCGGCAUCGAGACAGCUUGGUGGCGCCAUCUUCACCUGAGACGCAACUCCGCGCAGUGUCGUGGUUACAGGGGAACGAAAGAGUUGCCGAGCACUUUCUGGAAAAUUCUGACAUUCAGAACUACAAUUUCAAUGACAUUUUGAUUUCGAGAGGGGAUGAGCCAAAAGGCAUGUAUAUACUGGUGUCUGGUCUCCUGGAGGCGACAUACGAGCCCCCAGACGGGGAAAUGGAUGAGGCUAUACCCAAUUACGAGUUCAUGACUGAUCUGAAGUUCAGUGAGCCGUGUCAGGACUACAUCGUGUCUGGGAACGCUGUGGGGGUCCUCGGGGUGCUGACAAACCGUCCGUAUAACUACACGCUCCGAUGCGACUCCGCCGUGCAGGCGUACCACAUCACGAUGCCGGUCAUCAAGGAAGCCUUCAACCUCGCGCCUCAUCCCAUCAUGGGGCUAGAAGCGGCGAUGUGGCGUGAGAUAGGUAUUAAAUUGUCUAUGAUGGUGUUGCCUUCUGUGCCGGCGUACCAUGGUUGGUCUGUGGAGAGGCUCAGCAUGAGGCUGGAGCACUCGUUUGUGCCAUGUCUGAAGCCUUUUAAGGUAUUCGUGGUUAAUGAGUUGAUGGAAGAUAUAAUACUCCUGGACGGAAUCUGCCAGGAUAUGGCUACUAGGGAAAUUUUCCAACCGCCUUGUUACAUACCCAGGACCGCCCAUCGACUCAUCUUCCCGAAGUCUUCCCAACUGAUGGUGUCCAACAGCUGUCCGGAGACGAAGCUCCUGAUUGUGCCAGCUAAGGAUACUGAUGAACUGGACAUCAUGGAGGACGAGGUCGAUGACCUACAGUGCGAACUGAUAUCGAACGCAUCGUCCCGCUGCCUCUACCAUCGUGUUGCACACAAGUUGUCCAACGAAUCAACCCGCGUGAGGGACAGGCGUGGCCGGAAGCGAAGGCGGGGGACACGACGGGUCAACUACAGGGAAUCUGUGUGGGGGAAAGCACAAAAUACAAGCGACAGAGAAUUGUCAGCUGCUGUCUCGCGGUACUACAAGGGUAGCACUGCAGAUAUGUUCGAACCACAAGCGGGUUCCACAAAAAGGAAUAAUAAUAACAUGAUCAGUACGUUCUCUCCCGAGAUGUCGAUGCGGCAGCUGCGUUCUGAACAAGAGAUCUACAACACUAUGUUUACCAAGAACAAGCGACACUCGAUGGAAAGGAUAAACGAUAUUCUGGAACUAGACGAACCAGAAUAGAAAAAUUAAAUAUAUAUGUAUUUGUUAUAGAAAAUAUACAUAUUGUUGAGUUGCGCAGAAAAUCUUUGAAGAUUGCCAAGCCUAUGCCAAUAUAUAGCAUAGGUUUUAUUUAAAGGAUACCUGUAGGAUCUUGUCUGAGUAUAUAUUAUAAAUAAUUAUACUCGGUAUUUGAUAAAAAUUGUUUAUUUAGGGUUGGUAAAUCACGAGCAAUAUACAUUUAAAAUACCAACAGCUAAAAAUGGUGGAUGACAGCAUUUGUUUUUAAAGAAAAGAAACAUCGCGCAGGCGCGAGCUCGUCGUCACAGAGCAUGCGCGUAGACAAUACCUAUGUAAUUUAAUUCAAUUCUUGUGAGGAAAGCUUUUAGCCUAAAAAUAUCAAUUUUCUCGAUGGUUUUAUUUAGGCAAGAAUAUAUUUUUUAUAGUAUCAUAUACACUGUAUAAAUGCGUAAUUUCUAUGACUAGUAUAUGGAUUGAAAGAGCGAUAUCAAUGGAACUUUAUAAAUAACUUUGUUUAUAUGGUAUGUACAAUUUUGAUUAAAUCGUAACUUACCCUACAGAU